AUGGCUCUUACGAUUGAUGAGGUUUUAAUAAAGAUUGGUAUAUUUCGUCAGUAUCAAUGGUACCUACUGAGCAUUAUUGGCUAUGUAGCAUUAUCACUUGGCUCGUUCCCUGUCAUGAUAGUGACGUUUAUUACAGCAGAACCAGAGUGGAAAUGUGUUGAUGGAUAUAUGAAUAAUACCGUAUGUAGAUUUAACAAAUCAAUAACUUUAACCAGUGAUGAUUACAAAGCGAGAUGUAAAAUGCCGAGAGAGGCUUGGACGUUUGUGGAUGACUUUACAUCAACUGUUACGGAGGUAAGGAAUGUGUAAAAUUUGUACAAUUAUGCCAUACGAAUAUGUCUUGAUUCAAACUUAAAUUUCGAAAAGAAUACUUAUACAAUUGGAAACCGUAUAUGUUCACGGCAUUUCCUUUUGACAGAAAUAUAUGCAUUCGGAAAUCCCUUGCCGAUGCAAUAACAAAGCAGACUUAAUUCCAAAACACUGUUUACCUUAUCCUUUGGGCAUGAGGGCCGUAACUACUACUAGACGCAAUAACUGGGGGGGGGGUGAAUAUUCAUAAUUCAUAGAAUCAUGUUCACAUACCGUGAAAACAAUAGCUUUCAAAAGAAAUCCGUAUUCACCCCCCCCCCCCCCCCCACCCCCAAUUAUGGCGUAUAGUUACGGCCCUGCCUUUGGGUAAACAUGACACGUCGAGGCGACAUUUGAAAAUGGUGUUAAUAAUUAUUUACCAGAUCAGAAUUUUCAGAAUUUUGUUGUGGAGAAAAUAUACUCUGAUCAACGUGGCUAGAAAACAGUGUUGUGCUACCAUCAAGAAACAUUUCUGAGGAACCGCAUUAUUUCUUGCUUUACCAACCUUGGGCAAUCAUCACUAGGAAAUAAUGUUAAACCUGUUCGCCCACCUUUGGGAGUUAAGCCUGUUUUCCACUUCAACCGUAACGUGGCGUACCGUAACAUUUUCUUUUGUGUCGAAGUCAUUAGUUUCACACUACCUCUCAGGAAACAAAGAAAUACGCAACUUUUCGGUACGAUACGAUUGAAGUGGAAAACUGGCUUUAUAGUCAUGGCACGAUGUUUCCUGGUUGACAUCGUUAAGAAACCUGUUUGACAUAGUUAAGAAUCUACCUUUAAAAACAUGGCAAAGAAACAAUGUUUCCUGAUUUAUUCAUCUUUGGAAAACAUUGCUACGAAACAAUAACAGCUUCCUGCUUUCUUUAAACUAUAUUUGGAAAACAUGGCUAAGAAACAGUGUUUCCCACUUGGAUUACCCACUAUUGGACAACAUGGGUAUAAGAAACAAUGUUUUAGAACAAACGUAUUCUAUUAAACUUGACUAGUUCUAUGACCAAAUAAUAGUGAGCUUAAGCAUGCAGGACUACUGUACAACACGACGACGAUGGCAACCAAUACAAUGCGUCAAUGAAAAGAAAUAAAUAACAAAAAUCCCAGGGGAGUUUCAGACGUAGUCGUCGCUCUGUUUAUAACGGCAAUUAAAUCACAUAUUUUUACGUCUUUUAUACAUAGCCUGCGGCGGCAUUUCAAGCCGUAACAAGUGCAACUUAAAAUUCGGUUCAGUACAACUCUUCCCAAACAUUAAAUUCAUACGAAUUAUAAUAUACGACAAGUUUUCUUUACUAUCAUUUAUUUGAAGGAAUUUGUUUUGGCCGUCGUCGUCGUGUUGCCGUCCUACAUGUUAAGCUCCCUAUUAAUUCGGUCGGAGAGCGUCUAAACCUUAACAUGUCUUAUCCUGCAUGGCCGUGCAUCUUCCAUAUUUGAAUGUGCAGUUAUAAUCUAUUUUGGGGCGGUGAGAUUAUAAAAAUAAAUUUUGAAAAAGCCAGCUUAGGUAUUUUACCUUCUAAAAUCGUACUUUAUCUUUUAUUUCAGUACGACCUAAUUUGUGAUGACUCGAUUCUUCUAUCUAUCGCUCAAUCGUGUUUCUGGGUUGGAAUGUUGGUUGCCUUGUUGGUUGGCGGUCUUAUAUCAGAUAAUUUUGGCAGAAAAAUAGUUUUGUAUUGUGGCUGUGUUCUUACCAUCCUUGCGACUUGGAUUAUGAUAUUUCCAAAGGCCUUUGUUGUGUUUAUUGUUUGUCGCAUUUUCAUUGGCGUCGGUGCAGGUAUAUACAUACAUGCACAUACACACUUUAUUUAGCGACGCUAGCCGCGACAACUACAAAAGUUGAUUUCCACGGGGGGCGUCGAUAUAAAAAAUAUUACAAAGAAUAUAAAAUGGAAGGAAACUAAGUCUACUACAAUAUGUACAUUAUCAAAAGCUACGGUAUAAACCACGAUGGUGUGUCCCAGAAUAAAUAUAUAAUUAAGUGAAUCCAGACUCAGUUAUUAACAUCAAACAUUUUGUUUUAUACAUCUUUUAAAUAUAUAAAUUGAUUGAGCUUGCUUAGCUUCAAGUGGAAGGUUAUUCCAAAGAUAAGCACCGCUAUAUUUAAAGCUUCUUUUGAGAAAUUCUCUGUUUGGCUUUGGAAGGGUCAGAUCAGUUUGAGAAUUUCUAAGAUUAUAAUUGUUUAGUAAAAUAUUUCUACUUAUGAAUGAAUCUUUCAGAAUUGGCGCGGUACUAUUACUCAAGACUUUAUAUAAAAAUGUUGCCUUGGUUAAGUACCAUCUUGUUUCCAAAUUUUCCCAGUCAAGAGUUCGAAGAACGUCAGCAGAUCUGAUCUCAUAACUGGCGCCAACUAUUAUUCUGGCAGCCCGAUUUUGGAACUUUUGUAAAUUAUCUCUUAGUGUCUUGUUACAAACUCCCCAAAGGGGAGAGCAGUAAUCGAAGUAAGGGUGUAUCAGAGCAUUAUAAAUUGAUAUCAAUGUGUUUGCAGGAACAUAGGGCUCGAUACGCUUUAAAAUUCCUAUGCCCGCUCCAACUUUUUUGCAAACAAUUUCAAUGUGUUCGUCCCAGUUCAAUGUUUCAUCAAGUGUAAUUCCCAAACACGGGAUUGAGUGCACUCUGGGAAUCAGUUGAUCAUUAAUCAUUACGGGGAACUCGUUAUGAAUUUUAGCAAGAUUAUGAUUUGAUCCGACAUACAUUAAUUUGGUUUUUGUUGAAUGAAGCGGCAGUUUGGUUUUAACCAGCCAUUGACUAACAUUGUCUAAAUCAUGAUUUAAAUUAGCAUUAAGUUCCACGCAGUCUUUCGCAGAUGAAAAUAUCUGUGAAUCCUCAGCGUAUAAGCAUGGGGUAGACUUCUCAAGACAAUCAGGUAAAUCAUUAAUAUACAAUAAGAACAAUAAGGGGCCCAAUAUAGAUCCUUUAAGCACCCCACAAACAAUCCUUUUUGGUGCUGACAUUGCGCCAUUAACAAAUGACACUUGUUCCCUAUCAGAAAGAUAGGAUUCAAAAAGUUUUAAUUCAAUAUUUUAAAUCCCAAAUUGUUCUUUCAUUUUGCGCCAAAGAAUAUUAUGAUUAAUAGAGUCAAAAGCUUUUCCAAUAUCUAUAAAAACUACACCAUUUAAUUCACCAUUAUCCAUAUUCUCAUACCAUGCAUCGCACAUCUGAAUGAGUGCUGCCAGAGUAGAAUAUUUUGGGCGAAACCCAAAUUGAUGUUUAGAAAGUAGAUUAUUAACGUUGAGAAAUUCAUACAAUUGAUUGAAAACGGAUCUUUCGAAAAUUUGACUAAUAAUCGGUAAGAUUGUGUAGUGAUAGUCACCCGAUAUCACCAAGCGGAUAUUAUGCUGUUUUGGCUCAAAGACAUUAAUAACUUUUGGAACUUCUACAAACAUUAUUUUUAGUUAUAUUAUUUUUAAACCUUUUUGGAAGUAGACUCGCCUAGAUUUAAUCUUUACGCCGCAAAAACUAUUAACAUAAAAUUUCCUCUUGGCAGCCAACACUUGUACAUAUUUAUAUCUUGUUAUCACUUCUAGCCUAAUUGUAUUAACGCGCCUUAAUUAUCUUGACACUAAUCUUAAUUGCUUUUCCGCCUCGCCUCUUCUAACUCGCGUAUAAAAUAACUUGUAAAAAUUCUUAGUAGGACAGUCUUACUUAGCUUUGCGCUCUAGCGAGUAAUCGUGCUCAACUCAUUACUAGAUAUUAAAUGACGACUCCACAAUUGUGAAGUAAAAUAAAUGUAUCAAAUUAUCUAUUAGCGUUCUCCGAAUUUUGACAAACACUAUAUAACAAAUCAAUACUCGCGCUACAUUGGUGACCCCGACGAGAAUCAUUUUUACUUCUACGCAGCAAUGGAUAGUCAACAGUCACAUGCUUCGUCUUCAACAGUUUCAACCUCCGAUGUGCAACCUACAGCAUCACCGGUGACCUCCAUCAGCAUCAAACUCCCACGUUACUGGCCAAGCGAUCCAGAACUUUGGUUUUCCCAAGUCGAAGCCCAAUUCACAACCAGGGGCAUCACCGCAGAACGCACAAAAUACGCGUAUGUUGUUGGUUCACUUCAACCCGAAGUCGCUCAAGAAGUCUGAGACCUUCUCAUCAACCCUCCUGCAGAAGAACCCUACACCAAACUGAAAACCGAACUCGUCAAACGCACCUCCGCGUCUCAGCAAAAACGAUUAAACCAAUUGCUGCACGCCGAAGAGUUAGGAGAUCGAAAGCCAACUCAACUCUACCGUCGUAUGCAACAGCUGCUCGGUGAUAUCCAACUCGAACCCUCCAUAAUGAAACAGUUGUUCCUCCAACGUCUCCCAAGCAACGCUCAACUGAUUUUAGCCUCUACCGCAGACGAAAUGGACACAGCGAGUUUGGCCAAGAUGGCUGACAAGAUCGUAGAGGUCGCUCCCGUGCAUUCUACCCUUUCCACCGUUGUUCCCCAAUCAGCACCAUCACCCACAGCACAGUCCACUGAAAUGCGUGAACUUCGAGACCUAGUUGCUCAGCUGACCACCACCAUCAACAACUUCAGCCUCCACACUUCACCGCAAGAUGCUCAUACCGAAAGACGUCGCAGUCGGUCCCCUACACGCCGUUCGUCCUCUCCAUUCCACAACCGUGAGCUCACCACUACUGAGCCAAGCCCCCGGUCCAUUUUUUGUUGGUACCACACAAAGUUCGGUGCCUCGGCUAAGAAGUACCCUGGAUUUUCACCAUCGCAGACGUCAACCACGCCAUCAUCGGCGCUGAUUUUCUUCGCCAUUUCAACCUUCUCGUUGACCUACGCACACGCAGCCUUAUUGACGCAGUUACCCACCUUCGUGUGA